AAUUGUUAUUUAGAAAGUUACAUCGUUUGUUAACUACUCCAACACCAUCUGUAUUUCAAAUAAAAUAAACACCAGGCACCGGCUCGCGGUCCUCGUGUCUGCCUGCCUUAAAAUAUUGAUUCUGCUCUGCGAUCCGAUCUUAUCCCACACUUGCCUUCAAGCAGUAAUUAAUGGAGGAGGGGCUGUUUCUCACGGCGGUUGGACUACUGAUGCUGGCGGUGGGGGGAUGGAAGCUGCUCAACUGGCUCUUCCUGAGGCCUAAGAAGCUUGAAACCCUUCUCAGGGAGCAAGGCUUCCAUGGCAACCCCUACUCCCUCUUCUCCAACAACAACAACAACUCCUCUUCUUAUAACAUGAAGCCAAUGACUUUCUCUGAUGACAAGGACAUAGCUCCACGUGUCUAUUCUACAGCCGAUCAUGCUAUCAUCAAAUUUGGGAAGAAUUCAUUUUACUGGGAAGGUCAGACACUGAAGGUCAACAUCACAAACCCAGAGCAUAUUAAACAAGUUUUUACCAAUAACAGUUACUUCAAGAAAGAGAAGCCUAAGCUGGGGCGUGUGGCCAAGUUAUUGGGCUCUGGACUUCCAAAUUAUGAGGACCAACAAUGGCACACACAUCGAAAGAUCAUCAACCCUGCUUUCCAUAUGGAGAAAUUGAAACUUCUAACAUCAACAAUGGUCCAAUGCUGCCAUGAUGUGAUUCAUAAAUGGGAGGAGAUGCUGUCUUCAGAGGGUAAAUGCGACAUUGAUGUGGAGCCUUUCAUCCAGAAUCUGGCUUGCGAUGUUAUUUCCAGAACAGCCUUUGGAAGCAGUUACCAAGAAGGAAAAAGAAUAUUUGAACUCCUUACUAAGCAAGCUAGACUUAUAAUGAGACUAAAAUAUAUUCACAUUCCAGGAUGGUGGUUGCUUCCUACUAGUGUUAAUAGGGGUAUGGUUAAAAUUGAUAGAGAGAUGCAAGCAUCACUUGAAGCUAUCAUCAGGAAAAGAGAGAAAGCAAUGAAGGAUGGUGAGGAGGUUAACAAGAGUGACUUAUUAGGGAUACUUUUGGAAUCAAACAGCAAAGAAAUAAAAGAAUAUGGAAUGAGUAAUCGAGAGAUAGUGGAAGAAUGCAACACAUUUUACAUGGCAGGACAAGAAACCACGGCUGUUUUGAUAGUAUGGACAAUGGUGAUGCUAAGUAGGUAUCCAGAAUGGCAAUCACGUGCGAGGGAAGAAGUCUUCCAAGUCUUUGGAAACCGAAAGCCAGACAGUGAUGGCCUCAAUCGCCUUAAAACCGUAUCAAUGAUCUUAAAUGAGGUGUUAAGGCUAUACCCACCAACCCUGUUUUUCAGUCGAACACUCAACAAAGAUAUAAAGAUGCAAAACCUAUCACUACCUGCUGGAGUUAAAAUUUCAUUACCAAUACUUUUGAUCCACCAUGAUCGUGAGCUAUGGGGUGAUGAUGCAAGAGAGUUCAAACCAGAAAGAUUUUCAGAAGGAAUUGCUAAAGCGACUAAAGGUCAGGUCUCAUAUUUUCCAUUUGGAUGGGGGCCUAGAAUGUGCAUUGGCCAAAAUUUCUCCUUAAUGGAAGCCAAGAUAUUCUUCACAUUGCUUUUACAACGCUUCACAUUUGAGCUCUCCCCUGCAUAUACACAUGCUCCAGUCAAUUUCCUUAAUCUUAAACCAAUGCGUGGAGCUCAAAUCGUCUUACAUAAAUUGUAGUUUCAAUUAUUGCACAAGAGGAAAAGCUUCUUCCAAAUUUAAGUAACGUGCAAAAUAAAUUCCAUGCAUCUUUCGUUAUUUUCUUUUCUUUGUAAAAGAGACCCACUUGUGAUGUUUCAUAGAUCAUGGAGGUAACAGAGGACCACUUUUCUUUCUUU